CUUGUCAAACCUCGCUGUGGUCACUGCAAACCGCCGCGCCUGGCUGACAGGAGUAGUAACGGCAGAAUACAGCAGGAUGGAGGAAGCCUGUCACUUAGAGCCGCUGCAGCGCAGAGGGAUGUGAGAAACGUGUGGAAGACGGCAGCUUCAACAUUAGGACACAUUUUCAGUCAGACAUUCAGCUCACGAUUAAUAUUUCCAAUACGCUGUUAUCGAGAAAUCGGGCGGUAGUUAUACGAGCUAACGGCUAGCUUACCUUACUUAACCUGCUAUUUGGCUAACUUAGAAAUAACUCCUGAAGAAGCUGCUAACGACUGAAAAUAACGCACCUGGUGAAGGAUAUUAAAGCGUGACAGCUCUUGGCGCCUGUGCCAGGUUUAUAAGCUCCUAGCCUCCCAUACUCCCCGCCAGCACCACCGUUGCCACCAGCAGUCGAGUUCAUGAGCAUGCUUGGUGCAUAAUCCUCAGGGAUGGGGAGUGGAAUCCAGGAACAACGGGCAUCACUCAAACAGGGAGAAGUGCUGCCGCUGCCUUCCUCCAGUCAGUCAGAGGGGAUGAAGCACACUCGGUCUGUGCUCAACUCGCUCUUCUCGGGGGCUUUAGCCGGAGCUGUAGCCAAGACAGCUGUCGCCCCAUUGGAUAGAACUAAAAUCAUCUUCCAAGUGUCUUCAGCAAGAUUCUCUGCCAAGGAAGCUUACAGGUUGAUCUACCGCACCUACCUGAAGGAGGGCUUCUUAAGUUUAUGGAGGGGGAACUCUGCCACCAUGGUGCGAGUCAUCCCGUACGCUGCCAUCCAGUUUUGUGCACAUGAGCAGUACAAGAGGCUGCUGGGAGGCUACUAUGGCUUUCAGGGAAGAACGCUGCCUCCAGUCCCGAGGUUGCUGGCCGGGUCUUUAGCUGGUACCACUGCCGCCAUGCUGACAUAUCCUCUUGACAUGGUGCGAGCGAGGAUGGCUGUAACGCCAAAGGAAAUGUACAGUAACAUUCUACAUGUGUUUGUGCGGAUCUCUCGAGAAGAGGGCAUGAAAACACUGUAUCGAGGCUUUACUCCUACCAUACUGGGUGUCGUCCCCUAUGCUGGUCUCAGCUUCUUUACCUAUGAGACACUGAAGAAGUUACAUGCAGAGCACAGUGGCCGCCUGCAGCCCUACUCAUACGAACGUCUGGCUUUUGGAGCCUGUGCAGGUCUCAUUGGCCAGUCGGCGUCUUACCCUCUGGAUGUAGUACGACGACGCAUGCAGACUGCGGGUGUCACAGGUCACACGUACGGCACCAUCCUGGGCACCAUGAGGGAGAUUGUGUCUGAGGAAGGGGUUAUCCGCGGACUCUACAAAGGUCUCAGUAUGAAUUGGGUCAAAGGGCCUAUUGCGGUGGGGAUUAGCUUCACUACCUUUGACCUUACUCAGAUUCUCCUGAAGAAGCUUCAUCAAAUGGGCUAUGCCGCUCGAUAAUAAUGACACAGAGAGUGGAAAACGGGAGUAGAGGGUUGAGGAGAUCCCUGUAAGCCCACUGAGGUGAGACAAAGAGGAGGAAGUGAGAGGGAAAAAUGUGUAUUGCUGGUGCAAAAAGCACAGUGGCUCAGGAUGCGUGGGUAAUAAUGAUUUAUUCUCUCACUUUGUCUGUGUGUAACAGAGGCAAGUUGGAUAGUACGCCUUGUUGUCAUGUACAUCUAAGUGCAAUAUGAUCAAUAGGUUUGUGUGUAAACAUGAAUUGUAAUGGUCCUACCUUUGUGAACCAGGCCUCUCAGUAUAUUUGGAAUUCAGAGAGUUAAAAGGUUCACACACACACACACACACACUGCAGUCUCCCAGCUGCCAUAUUUACCAACUUAAAUCUGUCACUUUCCAAUGCAAUGCUGGUUUCCACUCAUUUGCCAUGAAUUUUUAAGAUGCAUUCAUUUAAUAAGACAAAGAUAUGCCAUUGUGAAGGUUUGUUUUAAGGAAAUUUAUUUUAAGAAAAUAUACCAAAGGUUAUUAAUUAGUGCAGAUUAUUUGCCAUUCAUGGUGUUAGUAGCAUGUUUAGGUGUGAGUUCACAGCAGCAUUGUAACCGCUAUAAGAUGGUUUGAUUUGAAAAUAUUAAAAGCUCAGAGUCCGUUUCUCAGUCGCAGUUUUAGUAGUUGUUUAGCUUUAUUUUAUGGCAGUGCCAACACACUGGAAGAAUUAUGAGUGCCCAUGAUGUUUGGUUUGUUUUCACUGUAAUCAUGUCAUGAGCUUUUGAAAGAUUGAUAUCUGAAGUAUAAAUACAAAUGUUACUCACGUUCAAAUAGCUAUUAGGGCCUUUCCACUACUGGAACGAUUCCCCCCAGGAACUAGGAACCUUUUGAUGAGCUUGAUUUGUUUCCACCAUAGUGACCACAGUCUAAAUUCUGGGGAAAUUAUUUUACCCUAAGAAAAGUUCUUUUUUUUUUUUUUUUUGCUGAUAAACUCUGAACUAAUUCGAUUAGUUUUGGUGGAUUUUCAGUGCAUUGUGGAAACGCAGACAAGUGACGUCGUUUCUUGGGAAAAAGUUCCUGGGACUAAAGAACGUCUCAUUUUUAGUGGAAGUGUGCUUAUUUGUCCGCAGUCCUAAGUAACGCACAUCAAUUUGACAGGUAAUCCUCCAAAUGUGAGCUAUUAUACACUGAUAUUCCGAAUUUAGAAGGAACACCUAAAUCAUAUAAACAACCCUCUUUGUGAAGUUUACAAUGUCCUAUUGUUGCUGACACAGUGUGAGGGGGGGGUGUUGCUUUAAAUGUCUAAUUUAUCUGUGGUGGUGUUUUUAAAAUAUAGUAUAUUGAGAAGCAUUUUUAAUAUCCAUCUUUGUAUGUGUCGCUGAUGUUGGACACACACGGAGCACACACACAGUAUACAAAUGUUGUCUUCCAUUUGCUGCCAGUAUGACAGCUGCGCGGUCCGUCUCUCUGCUGCCAUUCACGCCUGUUUUGUUUUUAAAAACAUGACAUGACACUAGUGUAGACUGUGACAGGUCGCUAGAAUGACUUUAAAUCUCCUGGUUAGGGAGGACUCAGUGUAGUGUUUUAACAUUAUUUGCUAACCUGACUGGAAAUAUGCAAACAAAUAGUGAAGAGAUUGUUACAGACAUAAUUUAGUUUUCAGUAUUACACUUUACCUCAGCACAUAAUCACAUGUUUGUCUAAUUGUCACAUAUCGAUUUUUUUUUUUUUUUUUAAUGUAGAGUUGUGGCAGCAAAUAGGACUUGAUGCCAUUUGGGCAAUGCAGAUUAACAUUUUGACAGUACUGAUGCUGGCGUUUAGUCCCUGAAGAGUGCCAAUGGUUUCUAUACUUAGACCAUGCAUACUGAGGCAGGAUGGCUAAGCCGAGUAGAGCCAAGUGGAGCAGAGAGCAUGAGGUGCCAUCUGUACCAGGAAAAAGGAGGAAGGCUUAUGACUGAAACUCAACAGUGAGUUUAGAAGAUUUGUAUUUUUAAGUAUCUGCUAGGGCUGCACAAAUGAUUGUUUUUAUUGAUUAUUCAAACAAAUGAGAGGAUUAAUUACCAAAAAACUGAUGACAGUGCCCACAGUAAUAUUCUAAUCUUAGACCAAUAGAUAACCUCACCAAAUAAUGAUUAAGAACUACUAAAAGUAGCUUUUGGAAUUUGGAAAGUGUUUCACUUCAUAAAAACACAAUCAUUUAAAACAAAAAAAUACUUGUUCAUUUAGAAGAGAUGGAACACCCCUGUUAUGAGCAUUCAUGUUACAUAGUUUAGCCACCAGAGGGUAUGCAACGCCACAAAUCCCACCUAACAGCUGAUCCAAGCAGAGUGGGGCAGAACAUAAACAAGUAAUCCAUGACUUCUUGUAACAAUAAAACAAGGUUAUUUUUUAACUGCAUUGGCAUUUUAUUGUAGUAACAGUGUGUUACACAUUACUUUUCUGAAAGAUAAUGCAGUACAUGUUCCAACCAGGUUCAACAGCAUCAGCAUAAAGUGGAGAUCGACACCAGAGUUUGUUGAAAAAUUGGUUUUGUUUUAAAUGAAUAACCGCGGAUAAAAUUGACAGCGCAGAGAGCACAAAGUGUAGUCUCAUGACCUGAAAUGCAUUGUCACAUAAUUAACCAAGGUUAACUUUGGGUGGGCACAGGUGUGUGUGUGUGUUUUUAAGUGCUGUUUAUAGUAAAGUUAGUGAACAAGUGUGUGAAGAUCUAGUUUGAACAGUACGCAUCUAUGGUGUGAAUUUGAAGAUCCUAGGUGAGGUUGUUCUGGAGUUGUAGCGUUCACAAGAUUUUCAGAAAACUUGACCUCUGACCUUUACCUUCUGGUGAAGGUUACCAAGAUUUGAACUAGUCCAAGAUUUUUAGUCAAUGCAUCUAUGGUGUGAAUUUGAAGAUCGUAGGUCACGUCGUUCUCGAGUUAUGGCUGAUGAUUUUGUAAACCCGCUGCCGCCAGCAAGGCUCUGACAAUGUUUUAUUUGAAACAGUCGAGCUAACUAGAACUGAGGAAAAGCAUUUAACAGUUAACUAAAAUAAACAUUAAAACUAGACUUUUGGAAAAAAAAAAACACUGAAACUAAUAAGAGCUAAACUAAAACUAAU